AUGGAUGUUUCUGACUCUGUUCUACCACCAGCAGGCCUCCUGACAGGCGGCAACGCUCAAGAAAUCAUGGCGAACCGGCCCCAUCGCGAGGAAUCGCUCACUCACCGUGGCAGCAACGGCCACCGGCCACCGCCACAGGGCGAUCCACAAUCGAGUACCAUCCACAUCGAAGGCUCGGGUCCCCGUGAUCCGAUUUCUUUGGGGUUCGAGAAGAUUAUGCAGCGCUUUGAUAACCUGGAAUUUCGCUUGGCCGCAACUGAUCGGAGGGUUGACGGUUUGGAGGUUCCGCUCCUCCCUGAUCCGGAUCCACCAUACUUUUCAGAUGAUACGGAUGUGAUUCCGCAUCGCACUCAUCGCGAGGUUAUGGCUUCCGACGGGGAUGUCCCCCGGUAUUUCAACCACGGCCGCCGCGCUCGUGGUGGGGACGUCCGCCGACGACGAGUUGAUUUUCGCGACCACCCACGACGGGAGGGUUUGAUGACUGCUCAACACCAUGGCCCUGCUGUUCGUCGAGACCGCACAUACUCCGGACGUGGGUCAGCAUGGGAUAGACCCAUGCCUCAGUUCCCUCAGGAGUGGGGUCGAGGUUUUAACGGGUACCGCCACUCUACAUCAUGGGACCCACCCUCACACCGUCAUACAAACAACACGGGCAGAAGGGAGACGCCGCGGGAUCUUGACAUGAAAGCUCCCCGUUUCGACGGCUCCGACGCUUCGAAUUGGAUUUCUAGAGUCGAAUAUUAUUUCGACCAUUUACAAUUGGCAGAUGAAGAUCGUCUACACUAUGUGGUAAUGUUGUUUCAGCCACUGGCGGCUGAAUGGAUUUUUAAUUACAGAGCCAACAACCCGGUCGUGACGUGGCUUGAGUUUCUGGAGGAUGUCCGCCAUAGGUUCGACCCCCAGAGCUUCCGUAAUUGCGCGGGACCCUUAUCGAAGCUGGUGCAGACGGGCAGUGUAGCAGAGUAUCACGAUGCCUUUGAUAGAUACCUUAAUAGGGUGCAAGGGAUUUCCGAGGAGGCCCUAAUUCCGAUCUUCAUCACGGGGCUCAAGGAGCCCAUCCAAGAAAAGGUCGAGUUACAGCAGCCAUCUUCUUUGGCAGAAGCGAUGGCUUUGGCACUGAGGCUGGCCUCGUCGCACGAGGAGCGUCAUCCCCAACAACUCCGGGGUAAAUGGGGCGGUCGGGAGUCCCGUUUUACACACCCUGCCAGUAGCCCAGCCACGACCCCAGCCCCCUCCAGUCAGCUCGCUGCAGCCCAGCCUAGGGAGACGGUGAAACCCGGCUUCCGGCCCAUUCGGGUCUCGAACGCUGAAAAGGCUGAGCGCUCCCGGAAAGGAUUAUGUUACCACUGUCCAGAGAAGUGGGUGCCGGGGCAUGUGUGCAAGCUGAAGGUUCUGUGUUAUAUAGGCGACGACGAGACCACGGAUGACCUGGACGGGUCAGACGCAGAGGACGACCCAGAGACAGUGAUCACGGCGGACCUCUCACAUCUCCACACAUUGUCGGGAACCAGCAAGUCCCGCCCUUUCAACGUUAUAGGCACAAUCGGGAAGACUACAGUCAGCAUACUUAUCGAUACAGGGAGCAACCAUGAUUUUCUCCACCCCCGAGUGGCAGAGCAAUUGCACUUAUCCUUGACCCCAAUCCGGCCAUUUAGAGUCUAUGUGGGCAAUGGUGCAUCAUUGAUUUGUUCACAUACAGCACGCAGAACCAAGCUCUCUAUCCAGGGCGUCGACUUCCUUCUGGACUUGCACAUCAUGGAAAUUCAUGGUCCGGAUAUUGUGCUCGGUAUGGAUUGGUUGGAGUCAUUGGGACGAAUAUCGGCGGAUUUUGUGGGGAAAACCUUGGAAUUUUCGCAGAAUGGAGUACCUGUAGCACUACACGGAGUGCAACCCUCUCCGCGCCUUAUCACCUUGCAGUCAUUAGCAAUGUUGGCUGCCCACCCCACGGCCAACGAGUUUUACGAGAUAGUGAGGAUUGAGCCUGAGGUGCAGGACACCAGCGUGGACUCUCCCCAGGAUACACCGCCGACGGUCCAGGCGGUGUUGGAGAGAUUUCGGCCGGUAUUUGAGGUGCCGACGGGGAUGCCACCGCGACGUGAAUAUGAUCAUCGGAUACACCUGCUGCCUAAUUCUAAACCAGUCAAUGUGCGGCCCUAUAGGUACCCCUAUUUUCAAAAAAAUGAGAUCGAAAGACAGGUGAGGGAAAUGCUCGCGCAAGGGAUUAUUCAACGGAGUCAGAGUCCGUUCUCGUCCCCGGUCCUGUUAAUUAGAAAGAAAGAUGGAUCAUUCCGGUUUUGCAUCGACUACAGGGCCUUGAACAUGGCUACGGUGCCCGACCAUUUUCCAAUCCCAACAGCAGAUGAACUCUUCGACGAGCUGGGACGUGCGAAAUUUUUCACCAAACUGGAUUUGAGGUCCGGUUACCAUCAGAUUCGCAUGCAUGAUGCGGACGUGUUUAAAACAGCUUUCAGGACACACGACGGCCAUUUUGAAUUCUUAGUAAUGCCGUUCGGCCUUACCGAUGCUCCGUCAACAUUUCAGGCCGCCAUGAACGGGAUUUUUCAGCCAUUAUUGAGGAAGUGUGUAAUUGUAUUCUUCGAUGACAUCCUCGUAUACAGUUCAACAUUGGAUGACCACUGCUCUCACCUACAGCAGGUGCUCGAGUUAUUGCAGUCCCAUAAAUUCUUCGUCAAGCUCUCCAAAUGUUCGUUUUGCAGCACGACGGUUGAGUAUUUGGGCCAUUUGGUCUCAGACGGCAGCCUAAAGGCCGACCCCGCAAAGAUCGAUGCAAUGACGUCAUGGCCAACACCUAGGACCGUGAAACAACUACGUGGAUUUUUGGGCUUAACAGGGUAUUAUCGACGCUUCAUUGCUAAUUAUGCCAUGAUUGCCGCACCCUUAACUGAUUUAUUAAAGGAGUCCUUCGUAUGGUCCGAAGCGGGGGAUGCCGCGUUCGCGGCCCUCAAAGGGGCCAUGACUACAGCUCCGGUUUUGAGUUUACCGGAUUUUGAGAAGCAAUUUUGCGUUGAGACGGACGCUUCAGAUGUGGGAAUUGGGGCGGUGUUAAUCCAAGAUAAACAUCCCAUUGCCUAG